AUGGCAAAGACAACCUUUAGGUUCAACAAACCGAUUAUAUCAACUUCAGACAGUUUCAUUGCUACAGAUGAACUACUCUCUAGGCUUGCUGCCCUUCAUGAAGAAUUAUCGACAACAGUGCAAGGUGAAGUGGAACUCUCAAGUCUGGAUGCCUAUCGAUUAGCGCUCGUUAGUAAAAAGCUUUUGAGGCACAAGGAUCUAGGUGUUCGUUCCUUUGUUGCGUGUUGCCUUAGCGAUGUUCUCAGAUUGUACGCGCCAGAUGCGCCUUAUACUGAACCACAGCUUACAGAUAUCUUCAAAUUAAUUUUGGCACAAUUUGAGAAGCUUGGUGAUCCCGAGAAUGGUUAUUAUAUUCAACAAACAUACCUAAUAACAAGACUGCUGGAAUAUAGAUCUAUAGUAUUGCUUACAGAUUUGCCCUCUUCCGGGCGAUUGUUGGAAGAGCUAUUCCAAAUUUUUUACGACGAUACAAAGGUUUUUGGGCAGAAAUUAUUCAAAGUCAUAGGAGGAAUUCUAGGUGAAGUGAUAUCGGAGUUUGACUCUGUCCCUUUGCCAGUUUUGAAAAUGAUCUUCAACAAAUUUUUAACCUAUAACCCCGGUAAAGUCCCAGAGGGAUUAGGUGUGGUAUCGAAUUGUGGUUAUGAAGUAUCUAUCAUUUUGUGUGACUCAUACUCGAGCAGAAUGAGUCGGCAUUUAACGAAAUACUAUUCCGAGAUUUUGUAUCAAAUCACUGGUGAAAAUGCAGUAUCUGCUUAUGAUUCAAAACCAAGCGCAUUCCGAACAGUGGAAAAACUUCAUAAGCUUGUCAUUAGACUCUGGGAAAAUGUUCCGGAUUUGGUGUCUGCUGUAAUUGGGUUUAUUUAUCAUGAGCUUUUAUCAGAUAACGAAACUUUGCGUAAACAGGCCACUAAGUUGAUUGGUUCAUUGUUAAGUGUAAAUUCCAGUAUCAAUUUUGUCACAACUCAUAGUGAUACUUUCAAAGCUUGGUUGUCUAAAAUAGCAGACGUAAGUGUUGAAGUAAGACAGCAAUGGGUUGAAUCGGUUCCCGAAGUGCUGUCUGUAAGGGAUGACGUAUCACAAGAAAUUAGCAAAGGACUCACAAAAACACUAAUAGAUUCCGAGUAUAAAAUACGUAAGAGCUCUGUGCUAGUGCUCAGCGACGUAAGCGUUCAAAGAAUCUGGAUGUCGAUAACCAAUGCAACCUUUUUCUCCUGUCUAUUGCAAUUAACUCGUGAGAAAAACAGAGAAGUCAGAGAGUUAUGCAUACUAACAGUUGCACAAUUUUAUACCGAAUCGCUAGAAAAAAUAGCAAGAACGAACCAAAACGCUGAUGUUUGGGAGGUUGUCGACACUACUCCCCGAGUUCUUUUUGAACUGUAUUACAUCAACGAUCAACAUAUCAACGAACAAGUAGAUCACGCAAUAUUCAAAUAUCUUUUACCUUUUGAGCUGGAUAAUGAAAAGAGAGUGAAGAAGAUAUUGAAUAUGCUUUCGAAUUUUGACAAAAAGGCAUUUGCCUCCUUUUUCGCCUUCAAUAAAAGGCAGUUGCAGAUUUCAUUAGCACUUUCAAAGUAUGUUGAGUUCUGCGAUGAAUUGAAUGCGAAAAAAGAUUCAGAAGAUGAUACUGAUACAGCCAAUAGGUUUAGAAAAACAGUGGAUUGGCUAGCAUCUGGUUUAGCUGAUAAGCAAAAAGGAACAGCAGCUUUAGAGGUAUUAAAACUACUUAAUGACAAAAGAGUUUUUUAUCUUAUCAAAACUUGUAUUGCAAACGACGUGCCAUACAGUUCUUUGGUCAACAGUAUGAAGGAGCUCAUCAUAAAGAUACAAGACCCAGCAUUAUUUAGAAAGAAUAAUGUGAGAAAUGUCUCAAAUAUCAUCCCAAAAGAAAUUGCUCAUGAGCUUGAAGUCCUCCUUUAUAGGUCUUCUCCAUUUAUUUACAACGUUUCUAAUAUUUCUGUCUUUCUGGAUGUCGGAAGUCAUUACUCCUCCGAUGAGAUAACUUUGAAACGAAAACUGCUUGAUAAUAUAGCCGAAGUGAAUCCCUCUCUUUUUAAGGAGCAGAUCAAGACGUUGAAAGACACUGUCGAAAAACACGAUGUAAUUGACAGCAAUAAAGACGUGUUGAGUGUGGAUGAAACGCUGAAGACUUUGUACAAGAUCUCUAAGGUAAUGAAAGAUCAUCUAGAAUUGGACGACACCAUCCUUCAUAUCAAUCUGAAAAAACUUGCUUUGAAGGGUAAUCCACUCGAGGCCAAAUACGCUACAAAAUUAAUUGCGUUAUUGCCAUCUGCUCAACAGAAACUGAAAGAAGUGAAGUCCUGUUUAUUACCAUUGAAUCUGCAGAAAGAUAAUAAUAUAUCUUCCCAUAUUAUUGUAUUAGCUGAAAUCAUGAAGUAUGCACCCGAAAUUUUAGCGGAGGAUUCGACGGAUAUUGUGGGAUAUCUAAUUAAAGAGGUACUACUAAAAAAUCAGGUUGUCGGUGAUUCCAAAAAUCAGCCAAAAUGGCUUGAAAAUUUUGUUUUAAACGACAUAAGAUACUCUGCUUUGAGUUCAAAGCUGUUUACACUGAAGCUGUUUACGAACAAGCUCAGAUCAAUCGCAUUCGAAAUUCCAAAUGACGAAUUAUCAAGGGCGUUUACCGAGAAAACAAUGAAACUUUUUUCAUAUUUAAUUGCAAGUGGUGGUGAGCUUAUAUCUGAGCAGAAUAAAGAAUACUUUCCAACUCCUGCAAACUAUCAAACUAAGUUGAGAUGCUGUACUGGGCUACAGGUACUCAAAUUGGCUCGAGUUCCCAUUUUAGGAGAUUUUAUUAAUCCAACAGAUAUUGUCAAGUUGAUUAACUUAGUGGAGGAUGAAUCACUGCCUGUGAGAAAAGAAUUUCUUGAUCAGUUAAAGCAUUAUAUUUCAUACGAGCUGAUUUCGAUUAAAUUUUUGCCACUCAUCUUUUUUACCGCUUAUGAACCUGAUGCGGUACUGAAGUCUAGUACAAAAACCUGGAUAAAUUAUACGUUUACCAAACCAUCCUUCAAGAAGAAUACUUUCUUUGAAAGAGCUCUACCUAGAUUAAUACACGCUGUCGCACAUCACCCAGAUAUUGUCGAAGGACUGGCAUCCAAAGAUGAUACAUAUUUAAAUUCGUUGACUACUGCCAUAGAUUAUCUGUUAUUCUACUUUGAUUCUGUUGCAACACAAGAGAAUUUCAGUUUGCUUUACUACCUGGCAGAAAGGGUCAAAAAUUACAAAGAUGCUGUAUCAAAUGAACAAGAUUUCGAAGAUAAUGAUGAUCAAGAAACUCAGUCCACAACAGUUGCAAAUGGGGAUGAGCUCGAAACUGCUUGCCUCCGGAUGUAUAUUAUUGGUGAACUUGCACAGAUGAUCUUACUAUCAUUAAAGGAACGUCAGGGAUGGCAGCAUUCCACAUAUCCCGGAAAAUUGAAUUUACCGGCAGACCUGUUCAUGCCUUUCUCGAGUGUGCAAGAAGCACAAGCUUCUUUUAGGACCCAUCUCCCUGAUAAAUUUGCAGGAAAGCUACGACUUAACAUAAAGGCCAAGGUCGGUCGAGUUUUAACCGCAUCUCAAACACAACGUCAAAAGGCUCAAAAAAGAUUGUUGGCGAAUGAGUAUCAUGAAAAUGAAAAAAAAAAGAGAAGAGUCGUAAAAGAACCAAAGGAGUCGUCUGCGAUUGCAAAUGGCGAUGAUCAAUCUUACAUUUCUCCAAGUAGGGCAGAGGGCAAACGGGGCGCUCUUCCGAUUGUGAAGAAGAACCUUAGAGUUAGAAAGGAAAUUGACUAUAAAGAUGCAGAUGAUGACAUAGAUUCAAGCGAAGAGGGCCAAGUCGCAUAUGAUGAGAAUAAUAAGAAUGAUGAUGGUGGGAUUGAGUAA